UUAUUGCGUCGCAUUGCUGUAGCAAAUCAUUUUUAAACAACCAUUUCAGCUAUAAAAUAAAAUGAAGGACCCACUGAACGGUGUUUGCACGAUCUACGGGCCAAUAGGAGUUAUACCAGCGUUUUAUUGUUCGUAAUAUUUUAGGAUAAUAUCUCGGCUCAUUGGCUUCUAGGCUACUUAGGUGCUGAAGCAGGUGAGACAGCUCAGCCCACAGAUAACAGUUUCUGAACUCAAGUUUCUCACCAGCAAAACAAGGUUCCACGUGCUUCCUCACAGCAAAAUGAAUGAAGAAAGUGCGCUCAAACGACUGGUGAAACUGACCCAGGACGGUCAGCUGGACUCGAUCAAGAAGGAACUCGACGAGAACGAGGAGCUUGUGCACUCUAUCAAGAAAAAACAUUUUGGGAGAUCGGGCGACACGCUGCUCCAUUACGCGGCUCGACACGGACACUUGAGCGUCGUGAAGUUCCUUGUGGAAGACGUGGAGAUGGACGUGGAGCUGUACAACCACGAUUACAAGAGGGCUUUGCACGAAGCUGCGUCCAUGAGCCAGGAACAGUGCCUGUCUUACCUCAUCGCCAAAGGAGCCAAAAUAGACCCUUUGAAAAAGGCUGAUUGGACGCCUCUGAUGAUGGCGUGCACCAGGAGAAACGUGCCGGUCGUCAGCGAGCUCCUGGCCCACGGCGCCGACCCCGCGCUGAAGAACAAAGACGGCUGGACCUGCUUCCACAUCGCCUGCCGGGAGGGAGACCCCGCCGUGGUGCAGCGCCUCCUACAGGCCAGGCCGGACGCGUGGCGCACGGAGAGCAGGACCCAGAGGACCCCACUACACACAGCAGCGAUGCACGGCUGUGAAGACGUGGUCAGGAUCCUGCUGGAUCAAUGUGGUUACCAGCCCGACUGCAGGGACAGCUGUGGAGUCACUCCCUUCAUGGACGCGGUGCGGAGUGGACACAUCGCCGGGGCCAGACUGCUCCUCCACAGACACCAGGCCUCCCCACUUGCAGCAGAUUGCCUUGGAGGUCAGCCCCUGCACCAGGCCUCCCUGACCGCCCAGGACGGGGCGCUGCGCUUCCUGGUGAAGGACCUGGGCGUGGACGUGAACGCAAGAGCCACCGACAUGCAGCUGACAGCCCUGCACUACGCUGCCAAGGAAGGUCACGCAAGCACAAUCAAAACCCUCCUGGAAUUAGGAGCCAACCUUCAUGCAAGUGACCUAAAAGGAAGAACAGCCUUACACUCGGCGUGUGGGGGGCAGCAGGCUGAAGCGGUGCGGGCGCUCCUCCUCCUGGGGUUCAGGGACACGCCGGACGCCUCUGGGACGACGGCCGAACAGCUGGCCAGGAAACAGGACGUCCUGGCAGCCUUCCACCCCCAAACCUGCCCGGACACCAAUCCCCCAAAACCAGCCCAGGAUCCUGACAAUCCCCCCAAACCUGCCCGGGAUCCUGACACCAAUCCCCCAAAAUCAGCCCGGGAUCCUGACAAUCCCCCCAAACCAUCCCGGGAUCCUGACACAAUCCCCCCAAACAGGCCCGGGAUCCUGACACCUGAUCUUUACUCUGAAACUAUUCCAGCUUAACCUCCACAAUUAACAUUCAAGGAGCUGGGUGAGCAAUUGCUUACAUGUAAAUACUAAAGCAAGUAAUUUAAUAUCAUUAAUGGCUCUGGCCUCCAGUUUCAUAAGUUAUGAUGUUAUGAUUUGGAGUGUGUUCCAGUCCAUAUUCAUACAGGCAGUCCCCCCCC